GAGGCGCCGGUCCAACGCGUCGUUGCGCCGCUGCCGUGCCGCCGCGCCCCCGCGGCCUCUCGCGUCGUGUUCGCUCUCGCCACCCUCUCGUCCCCCUCUCGCGUCCUCGCCGUCGUCGGCGCCGAGGUGCGCGCCAACGCGUUGCCGGGUCACGCAGUGUGGCUGUGCGCGCGCGCGCGCGCGUGUGUGUGUAGGUGAAGUUGCGCUCCUAGCUUCGGCAGCCGACCCGCGAGUGUGAGUGCAGCAGGAUAGUGCAGCUCCACCCGACCAACUUACAGUGAAGCGGCGUCGUGCAUCGGAUGGGGCGCUUGGAGGCGGCGCGCCGCGUCGCGAUGCGGUGACACGACGCGGACCGCACCAUGGCCGCCGACCUCCGCCGCGGGGGCCGCCCGGGGGGCCCCUGGGGGGCGCCGGCGCUGGCGCUGCUGCUCCUGCCGCUGCUGCUGCUGCCGCCGCUGCCGCAGCGCGCCGUCCUCGCCGCCAACUGGGACCGCGGAGAUGAUGAUCAAGUGCAAAUGGUGAACGUGGAAGCGGUGCUGGGCCACCGGGCCACCCUGCCCUGCGACAUCUCGGCCAACCGCACCGACGACCGCGUCCAGAUGGUCAUGUGGUUCCAGGUCCUCGCCAGCAAGCCGCUCUUCACGUUCGACGUGCGCGGCCGCACCUUCGAGGAGGCCCUCACCUGGUCGGACGCCAAGGCGCUCGGGCCGCGCGCGCACUUCUCGGCCGCGUCGCGCCCCGCCGCGCUCACCGUCGACGGCGUGGUGCUGGACGACGCGGGCGUCUACCGCUGCCGCGCCGACUUCUCCAACUCGGCCACGAGGAACAGCCGGGUCAACCUCACCGUCAUAGUUCCGCCGCACUCGCUCAACGUGUACGACAUCUCUGGGAAGAAAGUCAACUCCUCGAUCGGACCGCUCCUCGAGGGCGACAAUAUGGUGCUCAAGUGUGAAGUCAGAGGAGGCCGACCCGAGCCCACCGUCUCCUGGUUCGCCAACGGCCGCCUGCUGGACGGGGCCGUGGACGACGGCACGCCAAAGGUGAUCGUCAACCGGCUGGACGUGUCCCGGGUGACCCGGGAGCACCUCAACACGACGUACCGCUGCCAGGCGUCCAACACGCGCCUCGUCGACCCCAAGCACCACGACGUGCGCCUCGACCUGAGACUGAAGCCGCUGUCCGUGCGGCUGCACCCGCGGCCGCUGCAGCUGCCCGCGGACGAGGAGGCGCGCUUCGAGUGCCUGACGCUGGGCAGCCGGCCGCAGGCCGUGGUCACGUGGUGGAAGACGCGCCGCGGCGGCCUGGAGGAGCACCACUUCGGCGCGCCGCACGUCGACACCCGCGACAACGACACGAUGGCCUGGUCGCGGCUCACCUUUAGACCCAAGGCCGCCGACGACGGCGCGACGAUCCGCUGCCACGCCGACAACCCGCACCUAGACGGGUCGGGCAUCGAGGACAGCUUCACCCUCAACGUCGUGCAUCCGCCGGUGGUCGAGCUGCGCCUGGGCGACACACUCAACCCGGGUAACAUCAAGGAGGGCGACGACGUGUACUUCGAGUGCAGCAUUCGCUCCAACCCGCCCAAGCACCGCAUCGCCUGGUUCCACAACGGCCAGCCGGUGACGCACAACCUGUCCCAGGGCGUGAUCCUGUCUUCCAAGUCGCUGGUGCUGCAGCGGGUGACGCGGCGCCAGGCGGGUGGCUACACGUGCCACGCGUCCAACGAGCGCGGCAACACCACCAGCCGGCCCGUGCACCUGCGCGUCAAGUUCGCCCCGGUGUGCAAGACAGACGGCGUGGUGGUGGUGGGCGCCGCGCUGCAGGAGCACCUCCGCGUCCGCUGCCGGGUGGCGGCCGACCCCGCGGACGCCGUCACGUUCUUCUGGCAGUUCAACAACAGCGGCAACACGUACGACGUGCAGGAGUCGCGCCCGGGGCCCAUGACGGCCGACCUCGAGUACACGGCGCUGUCGGAGCGGGACUACGGCACCCUGGCCUGCUGGGCCUCCAACGAGGUCGGGCGCCAGCAGGAGCCCUGCAUGUUCCGGGUCGUGCAAGCCAGCCCGCCCGGCUCGGUGACCAACUGCUCGGUGGUAGUGAGCGGGCAGACGGGCCGCCUGGACGUGGGCUGCCUGCCGGGCCACCCGGGUGGCCUGCCGCAGUGGUUCUCGCUCAUCCUGCUGGAGCCGCGCUCGGGCCGCGUGCUCUUCAACUCCACGACGGGCGAGGUGGACGCGGAGCCCACGUGGUCGCUGGACCCCAGCAUCCUGGCGGGGCGCGGCCAGGGCGGCCGAGGCCCCGUGUCGCUCGUGGUGCGCGCGCACAACCUCAAGGGCCACAGCGCGCCCGCCGUGCUCGACGACAAGCUGACGCGGGCCGGCCUCAACCGCGACCAGCUGCCGGAGCUCAUCCUGGGCGGGGGCAGCUCCGGGCUGGUGGGGGUCGCCGCCGUGGUGCUGGGCGUGCUGCUGCCGCUCGGGCUGGUGGCGCUGGCCGUCGUGGUGCUCGUGGUGCGGCGGCGCAACGCGCUCGGCGGCGCCCUGGGCCUUCACAACGGCCACCUGGACAAGGUGGGCCACGGCCACAACGGCGCGGGGCUCGCCGGCCACCCGGGCCACCCGGGCCACCCCGGCGUCAAGCACAAGGGCGGCCCGCCGCCCGGCAGGAGGAACUCUUCGCUCGAGAUCAACGACGGCGACCAGCGCUACGUCGUGUCGUACACGCUCAAGUCGCAGUCUGACGGCAAGCAGCAGCUGCGGCCGGACAUCCUCAACACUCCGAGAGCCGUGGGCGCGGAGCCGCAUCCUUCGCGGCCGGACUCGCUGUUCUCGGACGCGGGCACGGGGGCCGUGCUGGCGGAGGGUCACGGCCUGGCGGCUGGCACGCUGGGCAGAAGGACGCUUUCGCCGACUUCCCCGGCCGCCGGUGGGCUCUCGCCUCGGCUCUCGCCCGGGCUGAUGGGCCGCACGCCGUCCCCGCCGGAGCGAACGCCGCCGCCCGCGCCGUACCAGCCGGGCUCUCUGGGAGGCUCUCUGGGAGGCCCUCUCGGAGGCUCUCUGGGAGGCCCUCUCGGAGGCCCUCUGGGAGGCCCUCUAGGGGCGCCACACCAAACCUUGAACGGCUCGUUGCGACGGAACAAGGGCCUGUUCAUCGCCACCAACAUUCCUGGACCCGAGAGCUGUGUCUGAACGUGUGUAGGCAAGGACUAACGGACUCUACUAGGGCAGAACUUUUGCCUAGCUCCAUAUCACACCAGAAACAAAAUAUAAAGAUAUCCCACGGUGUCAGCGUAGCAUUUCUACUCUGUUAGAUGCGCCUCCCAUGCAGUGCGUAACGCCAAGUUGUGGGCUCUAAGGUUGUGAACUUCCUAGUCAGUAACGGUAUUUUUUUUAUAAUUAUGUUUAAGGUGCUUAGGUAGCUUUUAUUUUUAACAAUGAACCUGUAUUUUGUUGGAAGCUCUGGAAAGAGAAACAGUUUGUAAACAUUGUUUUUAUCAUUCGCGUUAAUUCGGGGUUCCGCUUCUGUUUACGCAGAUAUGUUCUCUUUCAAAAAUGUAAGUCAAUCGUGCAUUUGUUGCAAAGGCGAAAAUGACAAUUCAACAAUUUUAUGGUGCCUCCGAAAAUAACCAAAAGCAGAAUCAGGAGAAAAAUAAAUUAUCUUUCCAGAGGUCAAUAAUGUACUGUGCAUGUAGUUUUCACCAAAUCUGAGGCCGUGUUCGGUUGUGUCUUCCAUUAGAACACUCAUCAACUCUAUCAAACAAAGAGCGAAGCCCAACUUGGGCGUGGUGAAUAUGGCAGUUUAUAGUCAAAACAUCUUUUCAGAGUGAAAUGAGACUUUAGAUGAAUCUUUUUUCCAUUACCAUACCGGAUGUAUCAGCGCGGACGCCGCUGAUGCGGGAUUGCAUACCCUUGCGAGCCGUAGGCGCAAUGGCGCCUUACAGGCAGAGCGAGCUAGUAGGCAAACCCGCGUCCGCCCUGAUAAACCCGCUACAGGAUCUUCACACGAUCAGAACUUCCAUUCUCUGCCGAGAUGCGAAUGUAGUUCUGCUACUAAGUUGUAAAAUCACAUUGACUGGCCAUCGAUUAUGGAGAUAUCUGAUGAGCUCGCUAUGUUCACCCCCCUAAAAAGGCACACGCACAAAUUUGUAGAUUCUUUUUACACAGAUAAACUUAAAAAAAUGAAAGUAGCAAAUGAUAAUUUUAUAACAACUCGUCUAACUGUAAGAAAAUAUGCUGCCAAGUAAGAAUAUUGUAAACCGCGUUUUCUUGUAACAAAGGGACUGAAAUAAAGAAUAUUGAAUUCUAA